AUGGAAGCUGCAUGUUACACCAAGCCAAGACUCAACCAGACCCCUCCUUACAGGCUUUACUUCACGGACUUUGCACGUGCAGCCUUGAGAGCACAGCAGCUGUCGGCACAGCCUGAUGGCAAAGACCAGCCUUUCCAAACCUUGGAGUUUCUAGUCCGAGAUUGGCCGCACUUUCAGGAGAACUGCAGCCUUAGCGAUGCCAGAUCCAUGAUGAAGAGUCAUUUGGAUCAGUAUUUUGAUCCUAAGAAGUCCGAGGAUACCAAGAGCGUGAAGGCCCUGGGAAGCUUGUUCCAAGACAUCGACGUAUGGUGCCUUCCGCACCCAUCCCUGAAAAUCGAACGUGACAGCUGGAACGGCGACCUCGUGGUGAUCGAGAAAGAGUUCUGGCGAUUUAUCGAUGGUUACAUGGACAGGAUCUUCAGCCCGGAGCAGCUCCAGGCAAAGGAAAACCUGGGCAACUUCAUCACCGUCGACUCGUUUGGCACGGUGCUUCGCGAGUUCAUCGCAGCCUUCAGCGACGCAGCGCCUCAGGCAAAGACCUUCUCUGAGGCAAUGGAGGCGCACAGGAGGGAAAAGCAGGGUUCUUUCGGGUUUUAG